CAAGCUGUCGAUGUCAACAUUGCUGCUAAAAACAAUCCUCAUCUUAAUAACCUUUCCUUACAUUCUGUUAUUAUUGUUUUAUCUUGCUAUACCUAUAAUAUAUAAAAAAAAUAGUUAAUAGGCAGGUGGUAAAAUGUCUUACGUUUUACGAACAAUUAGUCUACGUCCAAGAAAUGUAAUCGUUAGGUUAUAUAAUAAGAUAGCAAUAACUGACGAUGGAUCCACGAUUGUAGCUUUACAUCAAGAUAGAGAUUUUCCUUAUGAAUAUUCUAAGCCCCUACCAGAAGAAAAUAAACGAGAUGAAGGCGUUCUAAGGAUGACUGAUUACAGUGAAGUCAGAAGAGUUUUCAAAGAGAUGAAACCUGAAAUGGCAAGAAAACAAUUAUCUUCACUCACUUUAACAACAGAACACAGAUGGUUCCCAAGAGCGAGAGAUAAGAAAGCUAAGAAAAAUGAGAUGAAUAGACCUUAUUUGUAGAUUAAUGUUUAGUUAGAACUUACAUGUAGUUAAAAUAAUUCUAAAAUUCAUUAAAUUAAUAAAAUCAG